AUGGGGUGUGCGCGCUCAACUCUCAACACCACUUACAAGAUGUUUAUUCAGCCAAUAAUGUUGUAUUGCUGGGAUCCACUCAUUACAGCCAGAGAGGUGACUCUCAAACCACUCGAGAAGGCACACAACCAAGCAUUACGACUAAUUACUGGAGGGAUAAAAUCAACACCCAUUGAUGUAAUGUUCCUAGUUACGGGAAGCACCACAAUAUGUUCCCUUAUCAAAGAAAAGGCCUUGAUCCUGUAUGAGAAGCUACUGCGCAUUCCCAUGGAUAAGUUCUUCAGCACCUAUGAGAAUAGACCAAGACAUCUGAAAACGCAAUCUGGUAUGGUACAGAAAGCCAUAGAACUGAAGAAAGCAUUACAAAUCGAUGACAAACCAAAAAGCCUCUCUCCCCCCAUGAACCCAUUAGCAGACAUUGAUGUAGUUGACACACUUGCUAAGAAGGGGACAACGAUUUUGCAAUGCAUGGACCGGCCGAUGUCUUUCCACACAAUGAAGGCCUUAAUCAGGAGAGAAUUCCAGACCUCAAGGUACAACGAAAUUAAAGCUCGAACAAAGGAGAAACAGUGGACAGUGGCAAUAUCCUACAUACCCAAAUGGCCAAGAAUCGAAGCCGUUGCUGAGUUUAGACUACGUACCGGACAUGAUUGCUUGGCAAAACACCUUCACAGAUUGGGUGUAUACACUCAACCCACAUGCCCUCUAUGUAACCUUCAGGAGGAAAUGGAGAAGACCCACCUGAUUCGGUGUUCAGCCCUAAAGACAAGUACGGAAAGCCAAAGAUACUGGGAAGAAAGAAGACAGCUAAUGAAUUGCUAUUAA